CUGCCGGUGACGGUGCUAUCCGGCUUCCUCGGCGCGGGCAAGACGACGUUGCUGAAGCACCUGCUGCAGAAUCGGGCGGGCGUUCGCAUCGCGGUGGUGGUCAACGAUAUGGCCUCGGUCAACGUCGACGCGGCGCUGCUGCGGCAGGGAGGCGUCCUCAAGGCGGAGGAGAAGAUGGUUGAGCUCUCCAACGGCUGCAUCUGCUGCACGCUGCGCGAGGACCUGCUGGCCUCGCUCUCGUCGCUCGCGGCCGAGCAUCGCUUCGACCACGUGCGAAUCUCGCCGCCCACCUGCCCGCCCCUCGCACUUGCAUCGGAGCCGCUGCCCGUCGCAGAGACGUUCGCCUUCAAGGACGAGGCGACGGGCGCCAGCUUGGGCGACGUCGCGAGCUUGCACAACCUGGUCACCGUCGUCGAUGCCGCCUCCGUCUUCGACCAGCUGCGUGCUGUCGACGCGCUGGUCGACCGCGGCUGGCAGGCGGGCGACCGCUCACCUAUCAGCCGCUCACCUGCCAACCUGAUGGUCGACCAGCUCGAGUUUGCAGACGUGCUGCUCGUCAACAAGACGGACCUCGUGAGCGAGCAGCAGCUGGGCGCCGUGGAGCGGCUGCUGCGCAAGGUCAACCCGGCGGCGGAGCUGCUGCGCUCGCGCUACGGCGAGGUCGACCCCGCCGACCUCCUCUCCAAGGGGCGCUUCGACCUCCGCAAGGCCGAGCAGCACCCGCAGUGGCUGGUCGAGGCGCGCGAGAAGGGCAGGGCGGCUAGAUGCGGACUACACGCGCCCGAGACGGUCGAGUUCGGCAUCUCCUCCUUCGUCUACACUGCGCGGCGGCCCUUCCACCCGCAGCGGCUG